AUGGCGGGAGGCGAUCAUAAUACCGUGAUAAAGGAUCCAGCGGUCGAACGCUGGUAUAACAUGCGCAUGAGCACAAGAGAACACUUUCGACUAAAUGGAAGAAACAUUCGCAUAGGAUUAAUAUCCGUAAUAUUUCUUCCCGUCGGUUGUUAUCUUUUGGCAGCUGCAAAUGACGACAAAUGGGUGUUUACCGCCAGAACCCGUGGCUCCACUUCACUUGAAGAUUAUAAAAAGAAACCAGCAAAGAAGGAUUGA